CGUCAUUUAAUUAAAAUCUUUUGCCCGUGCAACAGAUUUUUCUUCGGUUUUUAGUUUAUAUUAUUUUAUUAAGUUAGAUUUGUUUAACUAAAUUCUCGUAAACAUGCCUAAUAAUCCAGAUAUGUAUAAUUGUCCCUUCAUUUGCCCUAGUACUGGGGCCAAGGCUCUGGCUGAGACAUACUUGCAAGCUGGCGAUACUCGAGCUAAUGAGAAUCCUUUUGCUUCACCAUACAAGCCUGGUAUGAUACAACCUCCAGAACCAAAGAUUCACCCUCCAGAUGCACCACCGUUGUACCUUCCGCAGCCGACGGAUAGUACGAGUGGCGAUAUGCUUGGAAUGGGCCCCAUCGGGCCGUGGGCGCCUGGGCAUGUAGACUGGACGCCGCAGGCAGGUAUGACAGGCGUCAGACCAGUGGUCGACAAGUACUCCAUCACUCACUACUCUACAGGAGAGUGGAGGAAGAAUAAUCUUCAUAUGUUAACGCCAAGAGCCACUGACAAAGCUAAAGCUUUGGAUGCGUCCAUUAAAGGAGACCUUAAAAAGGCCUUUGAUGCUAUGGACAAUAAACAAAACGAAACUAAUACGAAACUGAAAAGUAGGGUCAAAGAACUGGCUCGCUGGAAGAAAUUGGUUGAAAAUACUGUUAGAGCUAUAACGAAAGAAACCAAGGCUUUAGAAGCAGACAGAAGCAAACUAAAAAGUGCUUGCAGAAUCCUGAUGUUACCGGAAGCAAUAUCCAGAGAAUGUUUAGAACUUCGUACGAAUAGAUAUGAACCAGAUUUGGUUAGAGAUGACGCUGAACAAGAACUAAUAAAAGAGGUUGCAAUUGUUGGGGAAAUAAGACGAGUGUUCCAAAACACGUUAGCUAAAGUAGAAACACAAUUGGAAUAUAACAAAGCUGCAAAAGCAAGUAUCGAAUCCGACUGGAGUGAUAAGAUGUCCACUUUGAAGUUAGAUGGGAAAAACCUGAAUAUGGGUCCUGAUUCCACUCUGAUACUUCAUCAUCCUGGCGUAGCUCGAUGGCCAGAGAAUGCAACCACCUUAGAAUAUUGGGAACAUUACUGCGCUGAAAGUAUUAGGAACUGCGACGAGGUAAGACAAAAAUCAGAACACCUACGUAAUGAUUUGAUGACGGCCAUUAUCAAAGGAUCUCAAGACAUGAAGACCCAGGCCGACAGGACCAACGCUGCGUUAGCUGAAACAGUAACAGCGACUGAGCAGCUUUGUGCAAAACUAGAAGAGAAUUUAAAGGAUAAUUUGCAAACGAUUGCUGAUGUAGAGAAUUUGAUUGAUUAUUUGGGCGAUUCGCUACGGCAAGUGAACCAGAGAGACAAACUUUCUAGUACGAGAUUGCUAAAUAGAAAUUACAAUAGGCCUAAUGUUGAGAACUGCAGGGAUCAGGCGCAGUACGCCUUGAUGGGCGAAGCUAAGUUUAUUAAGGAGACAGCUGAUUCCUUGACGGGGAAAAUGAGAGAAGCUGAGGCAGUGCGAGCUGAGCUGAUGAAGUAUAGAGGGGAGCUGGAAAGGGAGAUAGCGUGUAAACGGAAAAGCUUGAACAUAGACCAGGAUAGGCUGUCCAGGGUAAGAGCUCACAUGCCUACCCCUGAAGAGUUUGCGAAUGCGUAGUGGGAAGUGAAUGCGAACACGAUAAUAAAAUUUCUGUGAAAU